UAAGCCCAUAAGUUUCUUAAUUCGAACAUAUAUCCGGCCCAUCAAUUUUAGAGAAAUGGAUUUCCAGAGGCCCAACAGUUGAUUGGAAGACAACUCAACGACCAUCACUUUGCUUUCUUCUCCGGCACACACGAAGGGUGGUGACAAAGAGAUGAAGUUUCUAUAAAUUGAUCUUAUACAUGGAGGAGAGCCAUGGCAUUUGCAAGCUUUAAUGGCUCUCUCAAACAGAUAUGAGGAGGUGUUCUGUUUUUGUUUCUGUGAUAAAACACACGUCAUUCUUUUCCUAUUCAACUAAUUCUGCAGUCGAAAAGCUUUCUUGUGUUCCUUUAAGUGCUGCGAGACCCUUUCCAGAUUAUUCGCCUAAAAAACCUUCCAUUAGAGACUCUGAACUUGUGCAGCACGUAUCAACUUCUAUUAAGCAACGCUAUUCCGAGCACAUUCGGCGUGUUUUAAAGCCCUUUGAAUCAAAAAUCAGACCUGACCACAUUAUUUGGGUUCUCAUGACCGUAAAGAACGAUUACAAACUGGUUCUAGAUUUCUUUGAUUGGUGGUGUCAACGGAGGGACCCGUCAAUUGAGGUCCGUUGUAUUAUUGUACAUAUUGCUGCUGCUCAAAAAGAUGCAAGGACAGCACAUAGGCUUAUUCAUGAUUUUUGGGCAAGACCCAGUGUAGAUGUGACAGUUUGUUUCUCCCAGUUUGUUGAAAAAUUAAUAUAUACUUAUAAGGAUUGGGGUUCUAAUCCAUUUGUUUUCGAUAUUUUCUUCCAAGUACUUGUUGAGUUGGGAACUCUAGAUUAUGGAAGAAAACUUUUCGAUAAAAUGUUGCACUAUGGCUUAGUUCUAUCUGUCUCUUCAUGUAACUUAUUCCUUUCACGUCUCUCGCAUGAGAUUGAGGGGCACAAAAUGAUGCUAAAAAUCUUUAAUGAGUUUUCUGAAGUGGGUGUUUGCUGGGAUAAUGAAUCUUAUAAUAUAAUGAUCCAUUCUCUUUGUCGGGUAGGGAAAGUUAAAGAAGCUCAUAACUUACUCCUGCAAAUGGAGCUGAGGGGCUGUAUGCCCGAUGUUGUAAGUUACAGCACUGUGAUUAAUGGAUACAGUGCCACUGGACAGCUUGAACCAGUGUUGAAGAUCAUCGAAGAAAUGCAAGUAAAAGGAUUGAAGCCAAAUGCAUUUACUUUUAACAGUAUAAUUCUUCUUUUGUCUAAGACUGGCAAAGUGCUUGAUGCUGAGAAAAUCCUGAGGGAGAUGACUUCCCAGGGAAUUGCUCCAGAUAAUGUUGUUUACACAACUCUUAUAGAUGGCUUCUGCAAAACUGGGAACAUAAGUGCUGCAUACAGACUAUUCAAUGAGAUUCAAUGUUUUAACAUUAGUCCUGAUUUGAUAACAUAUACUGCCCUCAUUUCUGGUCUGUGUCAAACUGGAAAUAUUGCUGAAGCAGAUAAGCUUUUGAAUGAUAUGCUUGGCCGGGGGUUAGAACCUGAUGAAUUCAUUUAUACAACACUUAUUGAUGGUUAUUGCAAGGCAGGGGAGAUAAGGGCAGCCUUUUCUCUUCACAACAAAAUGGUUCAGAUGCAGUUGGUGCCAAAUAUUGUGACGUACACUACACUGGUAGAUGGGCUCUGUAAACUAGGGGAACUUGAUACAGCAAACGAACUUCUCCAAGAGAUGUGUGGAAAAGGUCUUGAACUGAAUAUCUACACGUACAACUCACUUGUUAAUGGUCUUUGUAAAGCUGGAGAUGUAAAGCAAGCGGUAAAGUUGAUGGAAGAUAUGGAAGCUGCUGGGAUCCAUCCUGAUGCUUUUACUUAUACUACUCUAAUGGAUGCUUAUUGCAAGUUUGGAGAGAUGGACAAGGCUCAUGGACUACUACGUCAAAUGUUGCUCAGAGGACUCCAACCCACGAUAGUUACAUUCAACGUUCUGAUGAAUGGCUUUUGUAUGUCAGGGAUGCUAGAAGAGGGUGAUAAAUUGUUGAAGUGGAUGUUGGAGAAGGGCAUAAUACCAAAUGCUACUACCUACAAUUCUCUUAUGAAGAAGUAUAGCGUGCGAAAUGAUAUGCGUACGACGUCAGAAAUUUAUAAGGGGAUGCUGGGCCAAGGAGUUGUACCAAAUGCCAAUACCUUUAACAUAUUGAUACGAGGACAUUGCAAAGCUAGAAAUAUGAAAGAGGCUUGGUUUUUGCACAAGGAAAUGAUCAAGAAGGGAUUUACUCCCACAUUAGAUACUUAUCAUGCACUCAUCAAAGGGUUUUUAAAGAGGAAAAAGUAUUCUGAGGCCAAAGAAAUGUUUGAAGAGAUGAGAAGACAUGGUUUAUUGGCAGAUAAAGAGCUCUACUCCAUCUUUACGGAUAUGAACUAUGAACAAGGGAACUUUGAUUUGGCACUUGAGCUUUGUGAUGAAGCAGUAGAAAAGUGUCUUGCAGACAAGAAUGAUAAUAGGACUACGUGAUGGUUCUCAUGUUGCUAGUUUUGAAACUAGUGAUGGAAAACCAGUUGUCUUGCUCCCCGUGAUGCUAAGCCUUUUUGUGUUGUCAAGUCAGUUCAAGUUGUUACUCUUUUAAGUCAUCAGAUAAUCUUUUGAAACAGGGAGGUGAAAGGAGGACUGAUGAUCACCUUUAAACAAGCCUGCUUGGAUCGGAAAGAAGCACGAAAGCUAGGUUGUAUACAUUGUAUGAUAUGCUAUGCUUCUGUGGUUGAGGUCUCGCGGUAUUUAAAAUAACAAGGACAAUAUUUGCGCUUUCAGAGUUGGUCAUGGGUUUUAUCUUAAGAGUUGCUUUCUCUGUUCGGCGACAAGAUACAAUUGCUCCAAUACAAACUGUAGUUUGUAUAUUAGUAUAAUGGUGAUCUCAUAAUCACACGGCAUAACUACAAGAUGAAGCUAGUCAAAAGCAGCAGGCAGUAAAGAACAAGGACCGUGCAAUGAUCUGCUUUAGCAAUAUGGCUAUCUGAAGGUGCAGAGGGACCUGGGCCCUCAGCAGUCCUCGCUGUCUCCUUCGAGCAGGUGUAGUUGCAGCGACUUGGACGAACCACUCUGUAUACACCGGUGCUUGUUAAAACAUAGGGAUCCUUCCUGUUAUCCUGUCCAAAUGAGAAUAUGUACCCUAAAGCAGGCAAUGGACUAUUGGGGACUGAGCUGCAGUUGAGAGGGGAAUCAUGAGCACAACUGAACGGUAUGCCUCUUGUUGUAAAGUUCCCACUGUUAUACGGAUUUUCUUGAGCUGCCCAAAAGUUCUUAGCAUACAAAUCUCCAUAAAGGGAUCAGUCUUGGAGCGAUAAACAUAGCCACCUGAUAUGGCUGCAGAUCCGACCUCUUUAUUUACUUCAGAAUGGCUGUAUCCUAACACUGGGAAGAUGGAAUCCACAAAAUCAUCAGCUGAAGCAUUUUUAAAGCGGAAAGGACCUUCAUACAUGCUCCAUCCAUAAUUUCCCCCUUUCGUGAUGAUGUCAACUUCUUCAUAAUGAUCCUGCAUGAUUCAAAUGAUUGUCAGAAAGUCGGGAUCAACAUACAAGUCAGCAUGUUAUGGAGGUCUGUUGAAAAAGAUCUUAUCAAACAGAGAAGUGAUAGCUCUCAACAAGAGUAAGCUUGUCGUUGAACCUGGCCAACAUCCGCACAGAUGAAGUAAGAAGGCCUUUCUGAAUCGAAGCUACAGCGCCAAGGGUCUCUCAGUCCUAGCGCCCAAAUUUCAGGCUGCAAAUCUUUGUCUUGUGAAUAAGGA